AGACAAGGAGUUAAUGGAGAUGGCGCCAUGGAUUCGAAUCGUUACACUGUUGAUCGCUUGCCUGCUUCCGGCUUCAGUGGAGUGCUUGGUUCGACAUUACAACUUCAAUGUGGUAAUGAAGAACACCACUAAAUUGUGUUCAACCAAACCUAUCGUCACAGUCAAUGGAAAAUUCCCUGGCCCUACUCUUAUUGCUAGAGAAGACGAUACACUGCUUGUAAAAGUUGUCAACCAUGUCCAUUAUAACGUCACAAUCCACUGGCAUGGAGUUAAGCAACUGCGGACUGGUUGGGCUGAUGGUCCUGCGUACAUAACACAGUGUCCGAUUCAACCUGGCCAGACUUAUGUGUAUAAUUUCACGCUCACCGGCCAAAGGGGUACACUUCUCUAUCAUGCUCACAUUCUCUGGCUUCGAGCCACUCUCCAUGGAGCUAUUGUUAUCUUGCCCAAACGUGGCGUUCUUUAUCCCUUCCCCAAACCUCAUCAGGAAGUUGUCAUCGUAUUAGCUGAAUGGUGGAAAUCAGAUGUUCAAGCUGUCAUCAAUGAAGCUCUCCAAUCUGGCCUAGCUCCCAAUGUGUCUGAUGCUCACACCAUCAAUGGUUAUCCAGGGCCAGUAUCAAACUGCGCUUCAGAGAGAGGAUAUACCUUACCAGUAGAACCCGGUAAGACAUACAUGCUGAGAGUCAUCAGUGCUGCAUUGAAUCAAAAUCUCUUCUUCAAGAUCGCUGGCCAUAAAUUCACCGUGAUUGAGGUUGAUGCUUCAUAUACAAAGCCCUUCAAAACUGAAAUGGUUCUCAUGGCUCCAGGCCAAACCACAAAUCUUCUUUUAGAAACAAACCUUGGAACUGGCAAGUUCAUGGUCACGGCCUCACCUUUUAAGGACGCUCCCGUUGUCGUCAACAGCAGAACCGCCACUGGCAUGUUGCACUAUUUUGGUACCUUUGAUGAUACAACCACCAUUGUCACCAUCCCAUCUGCUCAAAAUGACACCCCACUUGUGGACAACUUUACUGUUGCCUUAAGAAGCCUAAAUUCAAAAGAAUAUCCAACUAGAGUCCCUUUGAAGAUAGAUCAUUCUCUUUUUUUCACUAUUGGCCUCGGAAUCAAUCCUUGUGAAACUUGUGUCAAUGGCAAUCAUGUUGUGGCAUACAUUAAUAAUGUCACUUUCAAUAUGCCAAGUAUCUCACUCCUUCAAGCUCAUUUCUUUAAUAUAAAAGGAGUUUACACUGACGAUUUCCCUCGCAAUCCACCAAAUAAAUACAACUAUACAGGCACACAACCAACAAAUGUUCAAACCAUGAACGGGACAAGAGUUUAUCGCCUCCGUUACAACUCAACUGUUCAACUAGUCUUACAAAAUACAGCAAUGCUUGCCCCUGAAAGCCAUCCAAUUCACUUGCAUGGCUUCAAUUUCUUCGCAAUUGGAAGUGGGUUAGGAAACUACAACGCCGACAAGCACCCAAAGAAAUUCAAUCUUGUCGACCCUGUAGAGAGGAACACCAUUAGUGUCCCUGGUGGUGGAUGGAUGGCUAUCAGAUUCAUAGCAGAUAAUCCAGGUGUUUGGUUCAUGCAUUGCCAUUUGGAGGUGCAUUCGACAUGGGGGCUAGAGAUGGCAUUUGUUGUGGAGAAUGGGAAAGGCCCCAAUGAGUCACUUUUGCCGCCGCCCAAUGACCUUCCCAAGUGUUAGCAAACAAAACUGAAAGGCCCAACACUCCACAUCCUUUUUUAUUCACGAAAAAACAAUAGAUAAGUGAUAGAUAAACAGCCCAGAAAACAAAACAAAUAGAUUGUGUUAAAAAGACAAGCCCAAACAAAGCCUACUCCUCAGAAUAUAAUAAACCUGUAGUGGGUUUUUAUUUUUCUGGGAUUUAAAUAUAUGUGCCAA